AUGUUCCCCAAACUCCUCACCACCACCCUUGCGGUCCUCCUCCUCCUCACUUUCUCCCCUCUCGGCGCCCUCUCGGCCCCUACUACAGCGCCAAAACCCCGCUGGUUCGAAACUUAUUCUCAUGUUGCCCGCCGCGCGAUUGUGCCUCAGUCGUAUUAUGAGGUGCUGCAUAUCCGGAGACAGCAGUACGCCCUUGCCAAUCCGAGGUCUAUAGUCAAGGAUGUUGUCUGCCUGGACAGAAAGGCGCAUAUUGUUGCUCAUGACGAAGCCGCUGCCUCGCUCCAGAUUUGCAACGGGAGUAUAGCUGGCACGGGCAGAGGUCAUUACUGCCAGGACGGGCUGAAGGCAACAGAAGCAAAGGUCGGGACGGCAGUUUUUCGGCUGAAGAGCGUGAACGAGAGGCAGAGUAUCAAUGUUAGUAGGGAGAGGUGGCAAAUGUGUGUGCAGGCGGCUAGGGAGGCUUGUCCUACGGGCGGGUUGAGGGGGAUUUGUCUUGGGGCGGCGAGGUGGGGUGGGAGUGUUGGGUUUGAGUUGGGGAAUGCUUGAGCUUAGGGGAUGUGAAGGAAAAUAGAGAUGUCUCUUUUGUGAUUUUGGACAGGUGUUGGAUGCGGUGAAGAGUUCGUAUCACAAGUCGAGACUUUUCCAUAUGCUAGAAGAAUUGCCAAAUUUUCAAAUAAAUGACCCUUG